AUGGGACUUGCUGACUUAAGGGGCCACCACUGGGCAGAAAUCCUGCUAAUAGCCUCACUUUUGACCAUGUGGAGUCUGCCAGCUGCAGUCCAGCUCACCUUUGAUGCCAACCCACUUACCACCAUCCAAAGUGAGAAGGAUGUCGUUCUAUGUUUGCCCCCCCCCCGGGGACCCCAGACUCAUAGCAGAUUCAGAGUGCUGGCCAGACCCACCAUUGCAAUCAGCCAGGACACUGCCACAGAACAGAGGGAAAACCUGACCUUCUGCUGUAGCACCCAGGAUGCUGAUGUUACCAUCCACUGGGUCUUCAACGAUCUCCCCCUGGUGUUCCAUGAGCGCAUGCAGCUGUCCACAGAUGGCAAGACCCUCACCACCCUCACUGUACAGCGGGAAGACUCUGGGACUUCCAAAUGUGAAGCCCAGACUUUCCACCAGGUCCGGAGCAGUGCUCCCACCUUCCUGACUGUGAACUAUGGUCCUGACCCCUUUGAAAUCAAGUUGGAGUCUGACGUGUCCAGAGGGGAGGUGGUUGAAGUGAUAGAGGGCUCCACUGUGAGCUUCUCCGUGGAAACACAGUCUCAUCCUCCCCCUGCCUAUACCUGGUUUCUCCCCUAUGACUCCAUCCCACCUCCCACCAUGAGUUCGUUCGCCAUCCAAGCUGUGUCCCGGGAACAUGAAGGCACGUACAGGUGUUUGGUAUCCAACGGUGCUACCCACCUGCUUCGCCUGGGUGCUCUUACAGUUCGAGUCCUUGAAACGCUGACCAAGCCUCACAUUGUGCCCCCAAGCCUGAAUCUCGUGGAAAAUGCCAGCUCCGUGGCCCUGACCUGCCAGACCCCCCAUGAGGGGGCUGGAGUCCUGUGGCUCCUGAGGGGCCAGGCUCUCCUGCCCAGCGAUCACCUGGUGCUGUCGGCUGACAACAGGAGCCUGGUCAUCCAUGGCCUCCGGCGGGACGACACAGGACCCUAUGAGUGUGAGGUCUGGAACUGGGGCAGCCGGGCACGAAGCGAGCCCUUCAGGCUCGCCAUGAGCUACGGCCCUGACCGAGUGGACAUCACCAGCGGGUCUGCGCCCGGGGUGGUCGGCACCGUGGAGGCCGAGCUCAACUCCAGCCUGACCCUGCGGUGCCGGGCGGAGUCCCAGCAGGGCGCUGAGUUUCGCCCCCAGUCAUCCCUGUCUGCAGGAGCCAUUGGUGGCAUUGCUGUCGGGAUCCUGGCUGUCAUUGCCCUGUCCGCAGGGCUGGGCUGUUUCCUCUGCAUCAGAAAUGCCAGACGGUUCUCAAGGGAAAAAGCAGAGGACCCCAUCCAGGAGGCAGCAACACCCACCUCCGAGGAGGAGCCCCAUGCAGAGUCCUGUUCCAAUUGGCUGAGCCCCGUGUAUGCCAAUUUACCCAAACCUCAAGGACAGGUUGGAGUCAGAAAGAUGCUGCCACCAGCUCCCCCAGAGCAGUUUUAUGAGAAGGAGCCGCCAUCAGUAACCCCCGGGAACGAUUCUCAUGGCCCCAGAAAACCAUCGCCCGAAGUUACAUUGGAUCCAUUGGUCCCCACUCUACCGAAAGGAAACGCAGAAUCACACUAUGAGGUACUUUUAUGCCACCCUGAAUCUUUGGAUAGGUCAAGAGCUGUCACCAAUCUGCUGCUUCCUCCUUGA